ACUGAGAUCAGGCUGGUCCAGGUCCAGGCUGAGAUCUGACGGCGGAAAAGAGCGCGCGCGGGUUGUCUGCGGUGUCGGUGAGCAUCUCGGAGACAGCGCGAGAGCAGGAUGUCUUUGCUGCCGUUGUUAGUGUUGGCGUUGGUGUUGUCGUCGCAGUCCAUGUCGUCUAACACCACCUUCACCUGCCCCAGACACUGCACAUGCCACCUGGAGCUCAAAUUCUCCUCCUGUUCCAGCGCCAAUCUCACCGACCUACCCGCUGUCCUCCCUCCUCACACCGAACACCUCAAUCUGUCCUUCAAUCACUUGGUCUUCAUCAGGACCCAGGCUUUUCAGGACGUACGCCGUCUACACACGCUGCUCCUGAACGAUAACAAGAUUAACAGCUUGAGCGACGGCGCCUUCGAGCCUCUCGAGUUCCUCCUGAGACUCGACCUGAGCCGCAACCGCAUUUCCAUCCUCUCAGAAGGAUUCUCGUUGGGUUUGGUUUCUCUUCAGGAGCUCUCGCUGGUGGAGAACCGGCUCUCGAGCCUAAAUGAACACGGUUUCUUGCACCUCGAUGCCAUUCGGAAGCUUGACCUGCGCCACAACAACAUCAGCUGUGUCCACGCGAGGGCGUUUAGCUCUCUUAGCACUUUACGGCGCGUGUACUUGGAUCACAAUGAUAUCGUCAAUCUUGAAGAUAGGGUUUUCUCCAUGACGAGGAACCUGGAAGAGCUCGGGCUGAGCGGUAAUAACAUUAGCCACCUCGAUGUCGGCCUCCUUUCUCCACUAACUAGCCUAGUCUUGCUUAAUUUAACCUAUAAUAAUCUAUCACAGGUUGAAUUUAAGGCGUUCAUCAGCCUGGAUACGCACAGCACGCAUAUUCACCUCCGUGGGAACCCUUGGACAUGUGAUUGCGAUUUGCAGCGAAUUUUCCGGAAAGUUCACAGUGUCCACAGGCUGCAGCUGGACGACUACAACAACCUGAGCUGCUCUCUGCCCGAGGAGCUGCGCAAUUACCUGCUGAUGGACGUCGAGCUGUGCUUCGCCGAAACGGUCACCAUACUCAUCAUUACCCUCACCGUGAUAAUCACCGUCGUGGCGGCCAUCAUCAUGACUGAGAAAAAGAGGAAGAAAACAAAUAAAGGGAAGCACUGGACGGAGGUCAGCGAGAUGUCGUGCGAAUCGCAGAACUGAGAAGGAACACGCCGGACUGAGAUUUUUCACAUUUACCAAAUACUGCAAAAUCUGGCAAUAAACUGUAACCUGAAAAAAAUUUACAUCAAUUCAGGACGGAGCCACAAAUACCUCUAUCUACUGUAUGAAUCUUUUAAAUGUUUACUUUCUUUAAAAAGCUUUCAUUCAUUCCCAAAAGUGAAACCAGGUGUCGGCUUUUCAUAUUUCCCAAACAUCUUCCCGACACAUUUGAGUCAUUUGACGUAUUUGAUUCAUUUGACGUAUUUGAUUCAUUUGAGUCAUUUGAGGUUUUUUGAGUCAUGAGUCUUUUUUUUUUUUUUUUAUAACUAGUGACUAAUUAGAAAGUGAGAUCAGCUGUCAUGUACAGAUGGAGGAGCUGAGUAAUAAAAUCCAAAUUUAGCAAUGAAAAAAAAAACAUUAAAAAAAAAAAUGUUAAGCUUCAAAUGGAAAACUGCCUCAGCCCACAGUGGCUUUUGGGAAAUUUCUGGUGCUGAAGUCUACAGCGAAGUCGACUCUGAUUUGAAGUCGAAGUCGACUCUGAGAUUUAACCGAGCUGUCUAAGUGGAGAGGUUUUAGGGAGAAAUUUGUUGCCCUACAACGAAAACACAGAACAAUUUAGUUCCCAUUCAGGAUAAUUUGGGAACGCUGUAGUUCCUCAUAUCUAACUGACUUGCUUCAGCCUUACAUUUUGCAUGAAAUAU